CUCUCUUUUCCUAGCCAUUGUCCAAAUCCAAAUCUUUACAAAUCUGUCUUUACACUUAACCUAUUUUUCGAAAUUGACAAGGUGCACCACACAAGGGGUGGUUAUCUUCAUUUUUCUUCGAUUUAAGGUUCUUCUAAAUAUCCAAAACCAUGAAUGCAGCUCCAGUUAAGCCAAAUAAGGACUUUUUAAAGUUGUUAACCGAAAUGGGAAUCUCAGAACAAAUUGCCGAACAUGCCUUGAUUUGUACAGGAAACGAUUCCGUUGAAGCUGCAAUGACAUUUUUAUAUGACAAUCCUGAAGUAGACUAUUCAGAACUUUCUGUCUUAACGAAUGCCGAACAGGGUGACAGUUUAAGUGGUGAAAAUGUUAGAAUAGAUAAAGAAGAAAAGGUGCUAAUGUCUGAAGCAGCUGGAGAAAUCCAUGUGGAACAGAAACAUGGGAGCAGGGAGCAUCAUUUUGAUGAGUACGAUGAACAGUUCAAAAUGGUUUUCGCUGUAAACAUAUCUUUGAACAUGGGAACAGGAAAAAUUGCAGCACAAGUGGCACAUGCAUGUUUAGGCCUUUACAAUAAACUACUUCAAAAAAAUGAAGCUGCCGUAGAUGUUUGGCUCUCAGAAGGAGAAAAGAAAAUAGUGUUAAAAGCAGUCGACCAUGUUCACUUGAAGGAAUUGCAAAAAAAGGGGGAGAGCCACGAGUUGAUCUCAUACCUAGUUCAAGAUGCAGGCAGAACACAAAUACCUGCAGGUUCAUGUACAGUUUUGGCGCUUUUUGGAGACAUUGCAACUGUAGACGAAGUAACUGGGAAUUUAAGUUUGUUGUAACUAUUUUUUUUAUGUAGAUUUAUUGAUAAAUUAUUUCUCUCGUUUUGCAUGAUGACUAUAUUUAACUGCAAUUUCACAUUUUACGUUUAGAAAAUCUAGCGGUGCGUUAGAUUAUUAGAAUAAGCCAAAUGUUUACACCAAUUCCAAUACUAAAUAAAAAAAUGUUGAAUUAUC